GUAAAUUGAUUACAGGUUAAUUUGUUCAUUUAAUAAGAGAUUGAUACAUUUUUAACUGGAUGACCAGGAACUACAUUGAUUCUGCUUAUGAUUUUAUUCAUUCCGAAAUAAAAAAUAUUUCUUUAAGGAUCUACACAAUGGGAUGGGUGCAUGUCUGACGUUAGACCGGGAGGAAGCCAAGGCUCGUCGCCGAAGUGAGGAGAUUGACAAGCAGUUGUCAGAGUUGGCACGUCAAGAGAGGAAUAUUGUUAAGAUUCUCCUUCUUGGAGCAGGGGAAAGUGGUAAGAGCACGCUAGUGAAGCAGAUGAAGAUCAUUCAUAGUGAUGGCUUCACACGAGACGAGCUUCGCAGCUUCCGGCCAACCGUUAUGGACAACUUACUGUCAUCCAUGAAGUAUGUCCUCAGUGGAAUGGGGCUCUUGCGAAUUAAUCUACAAAGUGCAAAGAACAAGGCUCAUGCCCAGACGAUAUUGAUGGCAAACAGUUGUUUUGACAAGAGCUUCAUGAUGUUGCCGGGAGUUUCAGCUGCACUGCAAGCUCUCUGGCAGGACCGAGGAGUCAGGCUUGCUGUGGCCCGUGGUUAUGAGUACGAGUUGAAUGAUUCAGCCAUCUAUUUAUUCGAGAACAUGGAGAGGAUAUGUGACGAGAAGUAUGUGCCAAGUGCCACUGAUGUUCUGCGAGCCCGGGUUCGGACGAACGGCAUCAUCGAGACACACUUCAAGAUGAACGAUGUCAUUAUCAGCAUGUUUGAUGUGGGAGGGCAACGCUCCCAGAGGCGGAAGUGGAUCUACUGUUUUGAUGAUGUCAAAGCAGUUCUCUUCGUCGUGUCACUGAGCGGUUAUGAUAUGACGUUAAUUGAAGACUCAAGUGUGAACAGGUUAGAAGAGAGUCUAAACCUCUUCUCUCAAAUUGUCAACAAUCGGUUCUUCAGAGAAGCCAGUUUUGUCCUGUUCCUGAACAAGUUUGAUCUGUUCAGAGAAAAGAUCCUAUACUCUGGACGUCACCUGAGGUUUUAUUUUCCGGAUUACAGAGGACCAGACUUUGAUGUGGACCGAGGUGCAUUGUUUAUCCAACAUAAGUUCGCUCUCAGAAACCAGAACUCAGCCAAGGUGUUGUACCCACACUUCACCACUGCUACAGACACUUCCAACAUACAAGUGGUCUUCCAAGUGGUCAUGGACAUGGUCAUACGUCAGAACCUGUCGCAAGUCACCCUGUUAUAGUUGUGGUGAUAUGGAGUGAAACAUUUGGUCUCAAAAAGGACUUUCUCGUCGUUCCUAUGUCACCCAAACGUCUGAUUACCAAAAAUGAUUUUACCCAAAAGCACCAAUAAUUCUAAGGUAAAAGUAGUGCAUAAAAUUAUAGAAACAAUCACGUAUAUUUUGGCUAGAAGGUUAACUUUGUGAAGAUGUUAAAAGUUGUAUAUUUAUUUAUAAAUUUUAUAGCACUUUUUCAUCUAUUUAUUUAUUACUAUUGAGUGUUACAGUGUAACACUUGUUUACUUAGUUAUAGCAUCGGUAUUAACUAUAUUUGUUUAUUUGGUUUGUACACACCCCAUGACAUAGUAUAUUUAUCAAUAUUUGUGUAGUUAUUUAUAGUAGAUUCAUUUGAAAACUUUGCCAAGUGUCAAUAAUAUUGUUGAGAAACCCUGCGAUCAAAAUAAUAAUAUGAUAGUGUUUGCUUUUUUCUUUUUAUUAUUAAGCAUUCUAUUCUUACUGUUAUUGUAAAUUAAGUAAGGAGGAAGCACUGUAAUGGUGAUUAGAGAAAAAGUCUGGUUGUAUAUGUUUAUCUGAAUGAACAAUAUCUUUGUUACUUGUCAAGUGCCUUUCAAGUAUGGUUAUUUUUAAAAUUUAGUGUAUAUAGAUGAAUAUUCCACAAGCCCUGUUGUAUAGCAUUUUACACACACACACACAGGUGUGUGCGUGCGCACAUGCACACACACUUGAACAAGGGUGAUUUUGUGUUCUGGGGUCAUGUUCGGUAAAUUUAUGCAGACAUUUUUGGUAAGUGUUGCCAUGAAUUACGAUAAGGUGAUUUUGUAUACAAAAUCUACCAUAAAUGUUGGGAAUAGUUGUAACUUACCAGCCUUCUUGAUCCCCUCUGAAGGCUUAAUGAAUUUGAGAGAAAAUUGUGUUUUAAAAUGUUGUGGCAAAACUCUCAAAGAUUGGGAAUUAUGUUACGAACAAUGUAUUUGACUUUUUUAUGUAAUUGUAUUAUAAUGGUCGAAUCUGAAUGGAGUUUGUGGAGUAUGUAUUUCAUUGUUGUAAUGAAAUACAUAACAAUGUUACUAUAACAAUCACCACUGAAACACACCAUUCCAAACCAUUCAGAACCAACUUAGUUGAUUUAAAUAUCAAAAUAUUUUUUCUAAAGUGUGUAUUACAAAGUUUUGUUCACACUUUUGGAUAUACAGUUUAACAAUUUAUUUAUAUAUACUGGGGCCAUUCUGAAAGUAACCUCCAGUUUGAAAUAGAUACAAAUGUUUUAAUUAUACUUCUUAAAACUACAUCUUAUGUUUCUUCGUCAUAAUUUUGAUAUAAAUUAAAACACUUAUAUCUGUGUACCAACUUAGACAUACCUUCUGCGUACAAAUCUGUUACCUAUGCCUUAAACCAAUCAGAGACUGCAUCUCAGAGUUGUUAAAAAAAAAAACAGCCAUUUCUUCAAGUGCGUGUAUAGGUCACUGAGAACCAAAUCUAGGCUGUUUGGAAAAUUACAAAAUUUCUCAUUUGAAUUGUCCAAUACAGCCUUUGAUUUCCUUAGCACUAUGGGCAUUACUCCUGAUGACAGUAGUAGACCUUGGCGUUUAUUCUGGAUUGCCUUUCGUAGGUUUUUGAAAGUUUCAAGACAUGAGUACCAUUGAUAUUUGACUUAAGUUCUACAAAUUUCACAGUUUCAGAAUCCCAAGACACAGUUGCCAUCAAUUUGUGCCAGAAAAAGCCUGCCAGGCUUUUGUGGCAUAUGUUUAUGACCAUUUGCAGUUUACACAUUUAAUUGUUCUUUGUUCAACUGUUUUUGAAAAGUCAAACCCAUUUCCGAACAAUUCCUUCACUCAUUACUUUCGGUCCAUAUACAGUCAAAGUUUUUUCUGAAUUUCUGCUGCUGGAUGCUGCUUGGCUGUGAAAAACUCUAUGAAACCAACUGACCAGACCAGAUAUUAGAGUAGAAUUCAAUCCUUAGAAAUAUCUAAAUUUAGACUAAAAAUCUGAACUGCCAACAAAAGUCAUGACAAGCAUGUAAUGUUUGAGUUAAUGUUUGAAGUUUUCAUGUGACGUGACGUGUGCCAGAAAUGAGCAGGAGAGACAUCUACUCAUAAAACUUAAUUUUGUAGGUAUUUAUAGAUUUAGAACAAAAUAUAAAGAACUGUUUUUCUUAUUAGUAAUAUUACAUCUUUAUCAUUAUUUAUCUUAUCAGUUGUAUGCCAUCAUUAUCAAGAUGUCAAGAUGUAAUAAAUUUGCUCUUAAAACAAAAAUAUUGGUAAAGGAUCUUGAGAUUUAGUUUAUCGACCAAUAUAUGCAUGCAACAAACAGUGAUAUAGAAAUAAUCAUAUUUUUAAUGGAGGGUUUAGUAAUUUUGCAUUAAAAUGUAAAUAGUUUUCCCUGGAAUCAACAAUUUAUAUUUAAUUUAAUGCGUUUGAAAUUUACUGCAGUUUUUCAUUUCAUUAUGGAUUCCUGCACAAAUCAUUUCAGACUACAGUUGAUCGGCAAAAUGGCUAAAAAUUCAAAUUUUUUAUGUUAAUUCGAGAACUUAACAUAUAUUCUUCGUACCUUUCUGGUUCAGAGAUCUUCUCUAAAUUUUGAAAUACUAUUAAGAACUUAUUGAUAAAUAAUGUUUAUGUUCUGUUAAAGAUUGAUUAGAAGAGAAUUGUUAUAUUCUGUUAAAGAUUGUUUAGAAGAGAAUUGUUUCAACUGCAAUUUAAGAUCCUUAUUAUUAAGUGCUACAUUUCUUGGUUUGUGCUUUUUUUUAUAAUUUUAAGAGUUGUUAACCAUGCACCUGUUACGACACACAUAAAAAUCUUUACUAAGUUUUGUGCAAUAAAUGACUGAUUGUUAUAAUGAAACAUGAAAUUGCAAUAUAAUAUUUUAAUCAAACUCCACUUUCUUGUGUAAGAUUAGUGAAAAUGUUGGUACACUUUUAUGAAUAUCGAUGACAGGUUUUAAAUUUGUUAUCAAUAGUGUUAUUGUAUUUAAGAGAUAGACAAAAGUUUAUCUUAGUCAGUUUGAAGUCUUAUUUAUUUCUGUUUUAGACAUUUGAUUAUGUGUAUAAACAUAUUAUUUAUGUAUGAUAUUGUGAUACAUUUGACACCAUUGUAUUUAUUUGUUUGAAAACAGAUUUACCUGAACACAUUACUCUGUGAAAUAUACAAACAUAAAAAUUUAGUACAGUAUCUUACAUUAUCAUUAUCAAUGUAUCAUGUUUAAUAGUGUUGUUUUUGAAUUUCUGAGCUGUAAUUUUGUUAGUAUGCAUAAAAGAAUCAAGGACCUUCACAAAACAUGUGUGUUUUGUCUAUGAGUGUUCCAUUUUUGUAAAUACGUUUUAAUUUUUGUUACUUUCUGUUUUGAAUGUCCAUUUUUGUGAGAGAGUUGUCCAGAGAGUAAAGAUGUUUAGAUCUAAAAAUGUUCUAAUAAGCUUUGCACAAUGAAAUUUUCGAAUGUUAUCAUUAUUUUAUUUGUCUUUAUUAUUAAAAAAAUGUGCUUACCCUGAGGGUACAAAAUGGCUGUGUAGUGAUUAGUCAGAAAUAUCAGAAUUAACCCUUCCCACGCGGCAAACGGAUAUAUCCGUUAGGCCUAAUUUUGACCGAAACGCGGUAAACGGAUAUAUCCUUCAAAGUCU